AUGAUGCUCCUUCUGAUUUUUAUUUUCCUGAUCCUGCAGUACUGCAGUUAUGUCUAUUCUGUUGACCACUCUUACUGUUUUGGAAAGACAAAACCCAGUGUAUACAAGGAUGGAGAUAUGGUGGUUGCUGCAUUUUUACCUCUUUUUACUAUUCUCAUAGAUUUCACGCCUGAUGAUCCAAGCAAAGAGAAUUACUAUAUGCAGUUAAAUUUUAAAAACUACCAGAUUGUUUUGGCAAUGGUUUAUGCCAUUGAAGAGAUCAACAGGAACCCCCAUAUUUUAACCAAUGUGUCUCUGGGAUAUGAUAUAUAUAAUGUCCUGUUCAAUGAAUGGUGGAUAUUGGAUACAUGCAUCACAUGGCUGUCUGGACCAAAGAAAUAUGUGCCUAAUUACACAUGCAAGAGAGAGAUGAAGUCUGUUGCAGUACUCACAGGCAUAUCAUGGAUAAUAUCAGCCAAUAUAGGGACACUGCUAGAACUCUACAAAUAUCCACAGCUGACCAUUGGGUCUUUUGAUCCCAACCUGAAUAAUCAUGAGCAGUUUCCUAGUCUAUAUCAAAUGGCCUCUAAGGACAUGUCUCUAUCCCAUGGCAUUGUCUCCUUGUUGAAUUAUUUCCACUGGAACUGGGUGGGACUGAUCAUAUCUGAAGGAAAAAAUGGUGUUCAGAUAAUCUCAGACUUGACAGUGGAAAUGGACAGAAACAGAAUAUGUGUAGAUUUUGUGGAAAUGAUCCCAGUUAGUGAAGUAUCUUAUUUACCAAACAGACAACUGACUCCUACACAGGUUCUGAAAUCAUCAGCAAAUGUGAUCAUCACCUAUGGUGACAGUGAUUUUCUGAGAGGCUUCCUGUUUUAUUUAAGACAAACUGUACUUACAAGCAAAGUCUGGAUUAUGAACUCAGAAUGGGAUAGUAUCAUCCAGGAAAAGCAUUUCAUCUUACAUUCACUCCAUGGGAGCCUCAUCUUCACACACCACCACAAAGAAAUCUCUGGUUUCAGAAAUUUUAUUCAAACAGUUCAUCCUUCCAAAUAUCCAGAAGAUUUUUAUCUUAGAACAUUUUGGUUCUCUUUUUUUAACUGCUCAUUUGCUGACGAUGACUGCAAUACACUGGAGAAGUGUCUGCCAAAUGCUUCCUUACAUGAGUCACCGAAGGCCCGCUUUGACAUGGUCAUGACUGAGUUUGCUUAUAAUAUAUACAAUGCUGUGUAUGCUGUGGCCCACAGCCUUCAUGAGAUGCUUCUUCAUCAAGUAGAAGUAAGACCAAUAAGAAAGGCAGAAGAGCUGAUGUUUUCAGCCUGGCAGCUGCUCCCUUUUAUGAAGAACCUGCAAUUUACUAAUUCUGCUGGAGAACAAGUGAAGUUAAAUGAGGAAAUGAAGUUGAAUGCAGAGUAUGACAUUCUCAACUACUGGAACUUUCCAGACGGUCUUGAACUGAAGGUGAAAAUUGGUCAGUUUUCCCCCUAUGGUCCACUUGGUCAACAAUUAUCGUUAUCUGAGGACAUGAUUGAAUGGCCCACUGGAAUUACAGAGAGAAAGAAAAAAGAUGGAGUUGAGUAA